CUUAAGCCGAAAAAGCCGGUUUGUGGCGUCUGCCGCAGUACCCUGUCGCCUGGCAGCAGAGCUCUGGACUUGGAAAAGCAAAUUGAAACGACAGAAACCGCUUGCAAUGGCUGCAAUAAGAAAAUGUAUCUCUCAAAGAUGCGUAGCCAUGCAGCUUCUUGUCCAAAAUACCAGAAUUACAUCAUGGAAGGUGUGAAAGCUGUAACUAAAGAACCACUUCACAACAGCAGGAACUUCCCAAAUCGCUUUACCUUUCCUUGUCCGUAUUGCAGCGAGAAAAACUUUGAUCAAGAAGGACUAGUUGAACACUGCAAAACAUUGCACAGCAUGGAUGCAAAACAAGUGGUUUGCCCAAUUUGUGCCUCAAUGCCAUGGGGAGAUCCAAAUUACAGGAGUGCUAACUUCAUGGAGCACCUUCAAAGACGACAUCGCUUUUCAUAUGAUACUUUUGUGGAUUAUGAUGCUGAUGAAGAUGAUAUGAUGGCACAGGUUUUGAUGCGCUCUUUGAGGGAUAAAUGAACCAACUAGAAGGUUAACUGUAAACCCAAGCUUCCGUGAGGGGGAAACGCCCAGCGUCCUCGCGCUUGGCCCUGUACAU